GGUGAGUGAACAUAAUAUUGAUCGAGAGCCAACGACUGCAUACACUGGAAGUUUGGAACUGUUGGCAUCAUCGAGUCAACGUUGGAUCCGAUCGAAACCCAGUCUGUGUGUCCGUCUGAUCUCGUAGAUAUUCCGUUUUGUUUGCUGUAUAAUUGACCACUCGUCUCCAACGACUAUCUUCGCACUCAUUCUCUCUGUGCAGACAAAGAAAAAAGAAAAGAAAAGAAAAACCGAAGGGGGCUAAUGGGAUUCGUCUCUUUCUUGGGACGGGUGCUCUUCGCCUCGCUCUUCAUCCUCUCCGCCUGGCAAAUCUGUCACACUGGGGUGUACUGAGCAAUGCUAGUUUCUUCGUGUUGAAAUGAUACUUAGGUAUAAUGAGUUCGGUGCUGAUGACGGACUUGCUGCGAAGGAUUUUGCUAUCAAAUUCAGUGUUCUGCAGAAAAAUUUGUCCUCCAAAUUAGGGGUCAGGGUGCCUGAUGUUGAUGUUAGAUAUUUAGUUGGAAUUACUAUUUUCAUGAAAGGGAUUGGAGGCAUUCUGUUUGUAUUUUACAGCACCCUUGCAGCCUGUCUCAUGCUCCUCCACUUGGUGCUCACCACUCCAAUUCUUUAUGAUUUUUAUAACUACCCUCCUGAUCAGCCUCAAUAUCAUUUUCUCUUGAAUGAAUUCUUGCAGAGCACAGCACUUUGCGGUGCAUUGCUGUUCUUCAUUGGGAUGAAGAACUCAAUUCUGAAGAGGCAACUGAAGAAGAAGACUCCCAAAACAAAAACAGUUUGAUAUACUAAAAAAAAAAAAAAAAAAAAAACAAAAAAAGAACAGUUUAGAUAUAUCAAAGAAGUAAGAGUUGCAAAAUGGAUUCUUUUUAGGUGUUGAAAUUUCAGGGUGUGAAUCUGAGACUCUGCAGCAUCCGGCAUAAGUGUGGAUGUUAAUCAAGCUACUCAGCUUAUACUCCUUUUUUGUAAAAUGUAUUUCUCCUUUUCUAGGACAUGUUACUUUGAUUUUUUUUUCCCCCUGUUAUGGGGUGACAUUGUUUAUCAGCGAAUGAAUGGGUUGCUUGAAGAUGUGAUUAUUAGAGAAGAAAAGAAGAAAACUUUGAUGAACUUUGCUUCUUUUCUUCACAUAGUAGUUAGUGGGCAAGAUAUAGUUUUCUCUAUAGUAAAGGACAAUUUUAGCAGA